CGGGAACAGAGUCCCUUCCUCGUGCCUGAGAAGGAAAAACCUAGAUACCAGGGGUCUGUUCCUUUGUAUCUCUAGCGUCAGUCACAGGCCAAGCAGUUUGAGCAACAGGAUUUGAUUCAAGGAACAAAAAUCGUAACUAUCUCUUUUCAACCAUUCAGCAUUGGAAUUAAUUCCAAAUUGGCCAGUUAUGGAAGAAACGUUGAGUAAAAGCAAAUUAAUAGAAAGAAACAGGUUCAAUCAAAAUCCAAGGAACAAGCAUCAGCAUAUGUAGAAUUAUCUAUUGUGCUAAAGCAUUACUUAAUGUAUGUUUCUUUGUUAGAAGUUUAGAAUACUGUGGAUUUAACAUUGAAAAGAACAUAGUUCUUUCCAUGGUAAUCUAAUUCAUAAUUAUAAUAACAUGAUUUCAGCAAAUUUAAAGAUGUGCAGCGUCGCGGCUGCCUGAGUGAGCGCUCUCCAAGCAAAGAAGAGGGAGGAGAUUUGACCCCAGUUGGAGCGGCGUGUCCUUGAAGAAUGGUUACACAACCAGGCCAGGGCCUGGUCUCUUGCCAUGGGAGCAGAAGAGAAUUGACUGAAGGAAAAGAUCUAACAAACUUGCAAGCUCCCUCCCAAACCUUCGCUUGCAUCUCCCCCUUCUUUUAAAAAAAAAAAAAAAAAUGGGGAGGCGGAGUUGGAGGAGGGCUGGAAUUGGGGAGGCGGGGUGUCUUAGCCCCACCCUCUUUCCCUGAGCUGGCAGUUCUCCCGGGAGGUUUCUUACGAACUGUCACCCGUGCCCUGCGCUCUCUCCCUGCUGGCCUCAGGCAUUAAAUUUCCAGAAAGUGGGAAGAAAACUACUUCAGGUUCUACAGAUGCCAUGACUCAGCAGCCCCAGGAUGAGUUUGAUAGCAGUGUAGAGAGUGCCCAAGAGUGGAUGAAGGCUGUUCAGGAGCGACUACAGGUUAAUGACAACACUCAAGGCCCUCGAGCUGCCCUAGAAGCCAGACUAAGAGAAACAGAGCGAAUAUGUCACCUAGAACCAGAGGGGCAAAUGAAGAUGGACCUAGUCCUGAAGUCAGCAGACACUCUCCUUAGCUGUUGCAGUGAAGAACAGAAGCACAACAUCCUGACUAAGCUGAAGGACAUCAAAGCCCAGUGGGAAGAAACAGUUAUCUACAUUACUCACUGUCACAGCCGGAUUGAAUGGGUGUGGCUGCAUUGGAGUGAAUAUUUGCUGGCUCAAGAUGAAUUUUACCGGUGGUUCCAAAAAAUUAAGAUGACCUUGGAGACCAGAGUGGAGCUGCAGGUGGGACUAAAAGAAAAGCAGUGGCAACUUAGCCAUUCUCAAGUCCUGCUCAAUAACAUCUUGAACCAGUCCAUCCUUUUGGAUAGGCUGCUCGAGGAAGCGGCCUCCUUGUUCAACAGGAUAGGAGAUCCCAGUGUAGAUGAAGAAGUCCAGAAAAGAAUGAAGGGAGAAUAUGAAAAGAUAAAGGCCCAAGCCCAGGAAAGAGUCAGCCUACUUGAGAAGAUAACCAAAGAGCAUGAACAAUACAAGACAAAUGUGGACCAAUUUCACCUAUGGCUAAAUAAGUUGAUGGGAAAAGUGAAUACUUCUUUAGGAAGAAGAGGCAAAAUGUCUGCCAAACACCAGAUCAAAAUUUUACAGAAUUUUGCUAAAGAUUUUCAGAAUGGUGAGAAGUCAUUAAAGAAUCUUGAGGAUCAGUCUGCUGGAGUUAUCCAGAACACCUCUCCUAUAGGAGGUGAGAAGAUUACUAAUGAGCUUGAAGAGUUGAGAAAAGCCCUGAAAAAACUGGAACUUUUUUGCAAGGAGGAAUUGGAGAGGAUCCUGAAGACACUGAAUUCAGAGGGAGCCUAUGAGACACAGGCCAGACAACUAGAAGCUGAGGUCAAAGAAUUCAGGAGGGAGCUACAAAGAUUAGCCAAGGACCUGGAACCUGGGGAAAAAGCAAGAGAUGAAGCAGAGUUGAUAGAACGCUGGAAAACUUACUCUGUCACCAGAUCAGCUCUGGCAGCAGAAGAGCCUAAGGCUGAAAGAUUGAAGUCUCAACUUAAGGAACUUGUCCAGUUUAACCAUGAUUUCCAGCCCCUUUCAGACAGUGUUGUGAUUACCAUGCAAGAAUUCCAAAGGAUUAAAGAAAAUUCUUCUAAACUGAAAAACCGUUCUGGGACAGACCUGUGGCAGUAUUUUCAGCACCCGGUUCAAGAGUUCCAGCUGUGGAAAGCACUGACCCAAAAACUCUUGACUAUCACUGACAACCUACCAGAUCUCCCAUCAAUACAUACCUUUUUGCCACAGAUUGAGGCAGCAUUGGCUGAAAGUUCACGCCUAAAGGAGCAACUGAUCAUGUUAAAACUGAAGAAGGAUUUGCUGAUAAGCAUCUUUGGUGAGGAAAGGGCAGAGACUUUCUUAGAAGAGGUGAUCAAUAUUAUCAGGGAGAGAGACCUGCUGCAUAACAAUCUCCUGCAAAGAAAUAGCAAAUUGCAAAGUGCAAUAUCUCAGCACAAUGACUUUGAUACUGCAUUUGAACCACUGCAGAAGAGGUUAGCAGAUCUCCACAUCAGAGCAGAAGCAGAGAAGGAGUUUCAGCAAGACCUUCCUAGUAAGCAGGCUCACCUCCAGCGCUUGCAGCAAAUCCAGGAAGACUUGCAAGAACUUUACGUUCAGAUUGAAAACCUGAAACCCUUAGUUCAGGCUAAUCCCAGCCAUCAGCAUAAAAUCAAUCAACUUCUAUCUGAUUAUCAGACCCUGAAAAGAUCUUUGGAGAUAACUAUGGAACAAAGCCAGAAGCAUGUUCAGGAACACUGGACCUUCAACCAUAAACUGUGGGAACUCCAGCAAUGGAUUGGGAUCGCCAAACAAAAGCUGGAAUCCUACCAAGGGAAUGAAGGCCAGUGGAAGGUGAAUGGCCAAUCUGUAGAAGAUAUUGAGAGGCUGGUGGCUGAAUUCCCUGAUAAAGAGGUACAAUUGCACUUGACUGAAGGUCAUGGUCAACUGGUUAUGGAGACAUCAUCUCUUGAGGGAGCAGCUCUUGUCCAAGGGGAAUUAAAGGAACUGAAGGAGUCUUGGAAGGCUCUGAAGUUACUUGAGGAAACAUUGAUGAGCUUCAUCAGGAAGUGGCAGCUAAAAAACAAGGAAUCAGAUCCAAGGAAGAAAUUGAUUAUUCCCAACAAUAUUCCAAAGCAUGAGUUUCUUAUAAAUUCUGUGGAUUCUGUUCCUAGGCACCAGGGUAAGGGAAGUCCAUCCAAAGAAGAAGAAAGUAAUGAUGAUUUCUCCAAAUUCCUGAACGACUUUGAACAUUGGUUGCAAGUGGAAAAUACCAAGUUGGUAAACAUAAUUGCCAUGAAAAAUUCCACUGCUAAGGAUUCUGAAAUAAGAAAAGGCAAACUGAAGGAACUACAGGAUAGGCUUCCAGAAGGUCAGCAUCUUUUUGAAAAUCUUCUUUCUCUCCGAACAAAGAAUGGGACCUGUGAAAACUUGGAGGAUCUCCGCUACCGUUGGAUGCUCUACAAAUCCAAACUCAUAGACUCCAGAAAUUUGCUAGAGGCUCACAGUCCUCUUGGAAAACCAAUGGGAUUCAGAAAGAGUCGUCCAGAAGGGAUAUGUGCCUUCCUCCAUCGAGUGUGCUGUGUAGCCCUACCCCUUCAGCUCUUGCUGCUGUCCCUGCUUUUGUUUCUGUUGCUGUUGCCCCUAGGACAAGAGAGAUGGAGUUGCACCUUUUCCAACAACUUCGCCCGUUCCUUCAAGUUGAUGCUCCGCCAUGAGGGGCCCCCACCAACUUAGUGACCAGGAGAUAUCAGGCUUGUGGCUCCAAUGCCUUUUUCUCAAGGACAUGGCACUAACUGGAAUUGUGGUCAGAAUCCAUCAGCAAAACCUUAAUCUGUAUUAGCCCAGCAUCAGUGUAACUAAAGUUAAGUUAAUUUUUAUACGAUAUUAUGUGACUAUAUUUAUAACAUAUAUGUUUGUAUGUGUUGAUAAUGAACGAGGUAUAGCUUAUAUACAUGUGAUAGAUACUCUACAUGUAUAUUUAAAUACAUAAUUCUGUAUGUUAAUGGGAAAAAAAAUUAACCAGCUUCUCAGAUACCAUUCUACAGUGUUGUUUUGUUUUGUUUUUUGGUAGCCAUGAAGAACAAAUAGAGUAACAUCUCAUUUAUCUGGAAAUCAAUUUUUUACUAUCUGAACUCAGAAGUCGGAAGGAAACUAAAAAGAAAAGUUUCCAAACAGCUUAAAUAGAUAUGUGCACUUGAGUUCAUAUAUUUUAUUUAUUCUCCUCUAGCCCUCGAGCUUACUUAUUCUUGCUUUUUAUAAAAUUCUAAGUAGUCAUUAAAACACUCUAAAAUGUGGAUUAGUAUUUCUGUUAACAUGCUUAUUAUCUGGUUUCUCAGAACAUGCCAGAAGCAGAAAGUUACUAUCAUCCUGUUAAAUGGUAUUUUAUGUUUUACAAAGUGCUUUCUUUCCUAUAGUUCUCUGAUGCAGGUAGUUUAAACAUUAUAGGAUUAUGCUCUAGAGCUAGAAGGGACCAUAAAGGUCAUUUAUUCCAGUCCUUUCAUUUUUACUGAUGUAGUAACUGGGACAUAGAAAUUGAGUGUUUUUUCUAAGGUGAAACAGGUUACAAGUCUGGGCUUAAACUCAGGUAUUCUGGCACAAAGUCCAUUGCUCUUUUCAAGGGGAGAAAGGCUUAAGUAUGCUUUUAGAAAGCUCGGAGCCUGUGACCAUUUCAGGCAAACACUAAGAUUCCUGAGUAUUUUCAAAACUGUUGAAAUUUUCUUAGAAAGCUCAGGCUAUUUUUUUUAAAAACAAUUUAAGGUAAUUCUCUGGUGCCUGAGCCUAAGAGGCAAGUUGGGGGAAUGAGUAGAAAGCUGACCAAGUUGGGAAGCCUUGAAUUCAAAUCCUGCCUCUUCAUAAUCCUGAGAAAAUUACUUAAUUUUUUAGUAUCCCAGGCAGCUUUUGAAGACACUUAAAUUGCAAAACCGAUAUAAUUCUUCAUUGGAAAGAAAUUUUCACAGGAGUUCUCUCUAUCAGGGAAUCAAAGUUCUAAUUGUUUUAAAUCUCUAUUGAAGGUAUCAGGGAGAUAUAAUGCAUUUUAGAAAUGUAAGUUUUCAACUAAAAAUGGUUAAGGUAGUCAUAGUUAGGAUGCUUAAAAGAAGAAACCAGUUAUCCAGAAAAUUCACUUAAGUAGGAUUGUUUCUUCCCCAAUCAAUGCAAGGCAUAGCCCAUAAAAAUAAGCACUGAAAGGAUCCAGAUAAACAAGAUAUUACUAUAUUUAUCUAAUGGCCAAUUUUGUAUUGUACCAGAUAAAUAAGGCAUUAUUGUAUUUAUUUUAUAGAUAAUUUUGUAUUGUUUACAAAGUCAAGUGAAAGGAAUGAGUAAGAGCAAAGUUUGGAACCUGUGUCAAAAGUGCAGUAUAAAAAUAAGGCAACAUACCCCAAAAUGGGGUGACCUAUUGUGGAGCUUCCACUCUUCUUCAUGACUAUUUUCCCAGUUUGGUACACCCAUCAAAAAGAAGAAAAAAGAAAAUGUAUAGAUUUUGGACCUGAUUUUCUGCAUCUUACAGAUAAGGUACCAUUUUAGAGGAAGUGCUGUCUUAUUGUCCUUGAUCAACAAAAUGGUAUUUUCCUUCCCCACAUCUUAUCCUUCUUAGAAGUUUGUGCUUUAAAUCUCGGUAUUUGUUCUUAGUUAGUAGGAAAUUUCUCUUUAAAAGAGAGUCACCUCCAAAGUGUACUAAGUGCCUACUCUUUUUAAAAAGCUUUAUCAGUCUUUCCAGUAGAGAAUUGAAAUAGAUCAUUUUGAAUAUUCUCUUCAUCUCCGGAAUCAUGAUCCUUUGAUAUACCACAAAAAUUAGUGCUCCUGACCUAAAUGUUUUUAUUAAGUUUUGGCAUCAGAAUAAUACUGAAAAGUAUCUUUGUAUCAUAAAAUGUUUGAUUUGGAAAGGCUCCAAGCGGAAAUUUUGUCUAGUUUCAACAUAAGAUAAAGAAACUGAAAAUUAGAGAGACCGAGAGAAAGUGAUGUGCCCAAGGCCCAGAUCUCUUGAUUCUUUGUUGAGUAACUCUCUUGGGGCAUAGAGCUGCUUGUGACUUAUUGUUCAUUUUUUACCCUACCAUGAGAAAGCCCACAAGAGUCAUGCUUAUGUACUACUUUUAGUGGUCCAUUGCCACUAUUCUCUCAACUCUGACCCAAUGAUAGGAGGGUCCUGUGGGUAGUUGCAAACAAUCUUCUCAUAGAUAAUGGGAAAUUUCUGUAUCACAAAAUGAGAAAAUUAUGUGCUGAUGAAAAGAACAUAUAGUUUAUUUGGAAAACAAAAGAGCCUUCUUGUUAAUAUCUGGAAAUAGACUUUGUCCUAAGUCACAUGGCUUUUUUAAAUUGGGGUUCACCACCUGGGUGAAAUGACAUCUGCACAGAUGAAACCAAAUGAAUAAGGUCCCUGAUGAACUCUUUUCUAGGUCUUAUUCCUAUGUUGGCUCCUUUUUUAAAUAAAUGUCCUUGAAAUACCAUAGUACAACCACUAUCCAAAUUUCAGCUCACCCAAAGGGCAAAGAAGCAUGCUGUGACUGCAAGUAAGCAGGAGGCAGCAUCUUCUCAUCCAUGAUCCGUGUGGAGAAUCAGACUCAAAGAAAUGGUUGUUCAGAAAAAGAGAUGGGUCAGUUAUGUAAUGAGAGUAAGUGAUAGUAGAUGGACAGCAUGAGAACUACUCUGGUCCCCACAAAAAGUUCAAAAGAUCUAGAAAAACGUCCCUGGCCUGUGGAGGAUGUAAGAAAGAACAUGGGCAAACACACUAUACAGGAAAAGAAAAAAUACUCUUGUCUGUGUCCUCUCUCUGAGCCUCCAUAGAAGCUUGCUGGCCUUUCAGGUAUACUCUGGUCUGCCCUAGUGAAGCAUAAAUCCAUUCAUUUAUUGCAAUAUUAUUUUCCACAUAAGUAAUUUUUGAUGCUUGAAUUCCCUCCCUCAUCUUUGCUUCCUGGCUUACUUCAAGAAUUAGUUAAAAUCCUACCUUCUGUCCCUUUUAUUACUAUUCCCUUUCUUUCCUUAUCUCCAAUAUACCCUGUCUAUAUCUUGUUUGUAUGUUGUUAUUUUCAUGUUGUCUCUCCCCUUAGACUGUGAGCUUCUCAAAGGCAGGUAUUUUUCUGUUUUGUUGCCUUUGUAUCCCCAACAAUUAGCAUAGUGCCUUAGGUAUAGUAAAUGCUUAAUAAAAUGCUUACUGACUGACUCAUACAAACAACUAGGAGUAAGUAAGCAAGAUUAUGAGUGUGUUUGUAAAUCUAGGCUACUAAACCAAUGGCAUACGAUGUUCUCUAAUUAAAUUCAACAAGUAUCUACUGUCCAAGGCAUUGUGCCAAGUAUGAAAGAAUAAUUUAUGUAGCUUUGAGUCAGUGAAGCAGGUGAAAGGUAAGCAGUUAGAAGAAAGAGAAAUAAAAGAAUUAUUAAAUUAAUUAAAAGGUGACUAGAAAAGAUCCUCUAAUUUCAAGUAUCUCAACUGGCUAGAGAGCUGGAUCUCUCCUCACUAUAGAGAAGAGCAAGAAUCAUGAAAAGGGAGUGAAGAGGACCAGAAAAAUGAUAACUAAUUAGACAGAAGAAAUAGUAAGCAGAAAAGUAGAACAGAGGAAUAGAGAAAGGAAAGAAUGGAAGGAGGCAUGUGUCUCCAUUAGUGAGAAGUCUUCUAGGAUAAAAGAGAGAACAAGAGAAAUAAAUACUAAGGCAUAUUGGGCAAAGGAAUGGACAACAGAAUGUUCUAAAAUUAUAGCAAAUGAAAAUUAAAUCUAAUCCAGUUAUAGGAAGGGAAAGGAGAAGACAUGAAAAUCCUAAGGACUCUUUUCCUUAGAAAAUCUUAUAGCAAAACCUUGGCAUAUUGAACGUUAGAGGUGGAGGAGAUAUGAGAUACCAUUUAAUUAAACCUGCUCAUUUUAAAGAUGAAAAAACUGAAACUCAUAGAGUAGAAACUAACUUAAGGUUACCCAACUUGAGAUCUCAAUCAAAUGCCUUUAUUAUUCCACCAAAACAUCUAGAAAAAUAGUGGGGGGAGGAGGUAGAGGGAGAAGGGAGGAAGAAGAAAGAAAGACAUGUUAUAUAAGAAGCAGAGGGUUGGACUCAGAGAUAUUACUGGCUUUGAGCACUUAUUAGCUAUAUUAUAUAACCAUGGGCAAGUUAACUAAUCUUUCUGAGCCAGUUUCCCCAUUUGUAAAAUUUAUAACAAAAAAUUAGUGGUGUACCUCACAGUGUUGUCAUGAGGCUCAGAUGAGAUAAUAUAUGUAAAAUGCUAUACAAAUAUCAGUUAUGAAUAUAGUUUAAAUAUGGAUUUACUUGUUGAUAGAAGAAAAUGGGUUGGAUAGUUGAUCUGAGCUUGUCUUAAGCUAGCAUCUGACAAAUUCAGAUUAUCAUCAUGUCUAGUAGAUGUGGUACACUUUCACCUACAACUAUGGAAGCUCCCUUAGUCAUCCUACUUCAUGUUUCACCAAGUUUUAAAAUUCCAACAACUUGAAAGUCGCAAUCACAGCAUUGAGUGGUAUCAAGAGGUGUAAGGAACAGUGGCUGCUAAUUAACCCUUCUAUAUUCUUCUGAUUUCUAAGCCAGGAAAGUAUCUACUUCUUCUCAGAAGGGUAGAGGAUGGUGAGAAGAGAUAGAGCUCUGGCAACCAAGGUUUCUGUUCUUCCUUUGUGUUCCUGCAGGCGAGCCUUCCAAGUGGACACAAGCUGCUUAGGGUCAUAAGAUUUCAAAUCUUUAAAUAUCACAAAAAGUUGGAAUGGAGCCCAGAGGUCCUCUGGUGCAACUCAUACCUGACCAAGGAUCCACUCAACACAAUUCCUAACAAAUUCAUCCAGCAUUUGCUUGGAGACCUUAUAGUGAACUGGGCCUGGAGUCAGCAAGACCUAAAUUCAAAUUUAGGCUCAGAAAUUUACUAGCUUUGUGACUCUGGAUUAGUCACUUAAUCUCUAUUUACCUCAGUUUUCUCAAUAGUAAAAUGAAUAUAUUUUAUUUUUUUGUAAAGUGCUUAAAACAGUGCCUGUUACUUAACUUGUGAUUCCUUCUCCUUUUUUAUUUGAAAGGAGAGCUCAUUUGAUUUUUGAAAAACUCUUGUUCUUAAGAGGAGCAGCAGUGGAUAGAGUACCAUACCUGAAGUGGGGAAGCCUGGGCUUCAAAUCUGGCCUUGCUAGCUGUAUGACCCUCAUCUGUAAAAUAACCUGGAGAAGGAAAAGGCAAAUUACUCCAUCUUUGCCCAAAAACUCCAAUGGAAUCACAAAGAGUUGAACAUGAUUGAACACAACAAACAGUUAAGGAGAGGCUUUUUUUCCCUUAUAUGAAAUCCAAAUCUUCAGAUUCCACAAGCAGAAAAAUCUAUUCCUUCUUUCACGUUACAGCCUUUCAGAUAGUUGAAGAUACAAAGGAGGAGAUGGAAGCUUAGAGAGUUAAAUCGGUUGUCCAGCUAACUGGUUAAAAAAAUAAAAUGAUCAUGAGCCCAAUUUUUUGGAUACCCAAAUACAGUGUUUUUCUACUGCUUAUUUACCUUUGACCAAAAAAAAGGCUUCUAAACUUUUCUCUAAAUAUUCAGUGGUCUUCACUUGGCUCAUAAAAGGUACUUAAACUUUUCAGAAAGAUGUGGGCUCUCAGUAGAUAACAAAUGUAACAGCUGCCUGUCAUUUUUUCUUCUUUUGUUUCCUUCAUUGCUUGGAGGAUUCAAUCUCAUUUUGAAUUUAUAUACUAGUCACAUUUAAUUUCUUGAUUCAGAGCAGCUUUUGCAUUAUGCCAGUGUAUGAGUAUUAUUGUGUUUAUUGAAUCCAGCUAAAGUUUUCUCUCUUGGUUUCAUUUUACAAGUUAAAUACUUGUUCAAACUUCCCAUUUUACAGACCAAAAAACUAGCCCAAAGAGGCUGAAGGAUUUAUACUAGAUCCUUCAGGGAGUGAGUGGCAGAAUCCAAAUUCAUCAUUUCUUCCCCUUGCAGCAAACUAAUACACUAUAACAAAAGACUUUUUUUUUUCUUUAAAAUUCUGGACAAGGAAUCAGAAAUCUUGGGGGUCAGUCCUAGCACUGUCUCUUAACUCAUUGUGUGCCUUUGGCCAACUUAUUUAACCACUUUAAGGAUCAUUCCACUUAAGUAAAGGAGUUGAAGAAAACUCUAAGGUACUGGACACGUGUUAAUUCUGUAGCCUACAUUCUAACAUUUCUUUAUAGGCCACUUCCAGAUAUAUAAUUCUAUAGUCUUAGAAGGCUCAUAGAUAAGAAGCUGUCCAAGUUCCCAGAAUAAUAAGUCUUGGUCAACUGUUAAUUCACUAUACAACCCAAAGCCAGUCUCCCCUAAACUUUCCAGAAAGACUGUAUCCAUACUAUAUGGGCUCUCAGCUGUCUGUCAUUUUUUUUUCCUUUUCCUGAAUUGCUUGGAGGAUUCAAUCUCAUUUUUGAACUUAUAUACCAGUCAUAUUUAAUUUCUUGAUUUAGAGCAGCUUUUGAAUUAUCCCAGUGCAUGAGUUAUUGUGUUCAUUGAAUCCAGCUAAAGUUUUCUUUCUCGGUUUCACUUUACAAGUUAAAUAUUCCCUAUUCACCCCCUUUUCAGAAUGUCAAGGUAUAAACUCCUAUAAGGAAGAAACAAAGUUCACUUCAAAAAAAAACUUCCACUCAGAGAAAAUUCUUUACAGCAGAACAAUCAAAACCUUUAAAAGUCAAGACUAGAAAUAUUGAAACUACCUUAGCUUCAAACACCCAAAUGGCACCAAUAUAAUUACACUGCUCUUCACAAGCUAUAGCUGUGGUUAACUGUUCUAUCUGCCAAGUCUGAUCAUAUGAUCAGAGCUGCUCUCUCAGGGAUAAGGUCUUCUUAAAAAGAACACUCAGAAACACAUCUGGGAAAUAUAGAAAAUGGAUGAACCUCGUAGGAAUGCUGUUCCCUCGCCUUGAACUGUCAAAAUUUGUACAAUCUCUUCCCCUCCACUUAGGAUUUAGAAUUAGAAAAGAUCUCAGCAAUUAUCUAGUCUAACUAAGGAGUUGUCUAAAGAGACUGAUAUGGAUGCACAAGGAAUGCAUUGAGUAGCUUAAGUUAAAAAAAAAAAAAAAAAAACUAGUUAUUUCUUUUGUCUCUGAUAUAUAUAAACUAACCCUAGUAGCUAAUAUGCCCAGCCCAUUUUCCACAGUUUAUAGAUUAUACUGAGGUAUUAGUCACUGGGAAUCCCUAAACAAAAGCUUAAUUUAUUUAAUGUGUGUUUUCAAUCUUUUAUUCUGCUACAAUAAUACAUACAAUAUAAUGGCAAAUUUAUUAGGCAAAUUAGUGUUUAUUUGGCAAAUACUAUUAUGCUCACUCUACUAGAAUUAGGGUUAUGAAGAAAAGAAUGGCACAUUCCUUGUCUUCUCAGUUGUCUUUGUACUUUUGCAAGUACUUUGUACUUGCACUAAGUACAUGCACUAAGAGAAACUGAAAUUAAAGUUAAAUCCAUGUAUAAGCAGAAAGCAAAAAAAAAGUCUUAUUAGACCCAUCCAACUAUCUUUUUUCCUUUCCACUGUCCCCUAGAUAUUUCCCUAUACUUUCCCCUUCUCAGUAUUUUAUCCCUUAACUUAUGACAUAUUUGCCAGUGGACUUUUUAGUCAUUUUUAGCAUCCCCAGAGAGUAAAACGUUCCAUAAAUUCCCAAAAUUUUGUUGUCUGAGCAUUUUACUUAAAACUACCUCUUUCAAACUCUCAGGGGAAGGAGGCAGCCCCUUAUUUGGGAAUUACUGUAAAGUACGAAUGUAAAUCUCUUUCUCUCCAUGUUUUUUGUCUAUAUACUUUGCAAUUUUAGCAAGUUAGAAGUACCCUUAAGAGCACUUAAUUUAGUUUUUUGCUUUUCAAGCAGUAACAUGUAGGAGUUGUAGUAACAGGCAGGAAAUGUAAAGUGAAUCAGGAAGUUAGGUGGCCAACCUACUUUUCCAGGGAAGAAACAACAUUUAGUGGCUUUUCUCUUUGAAAAUUGAGUUGUACCUAUUUUCUUCCUGAAAUUUAAGGCCAGUAUCCCAACAUGUGGUAUAGCCUUGGUUUGGGAGAGGGGGUGAGAGGUAUGGAGGGAAGGGAGAGGAAAAGGGAGUUUUGUUGCUUGUAGAAGUUUUAAGAAAAUAGAUCUUCCUUUGGGUGCAGUCCGUAUACUUAUUCUGGCUUUUCCUUCCUAUGGAAGACCAUAGAGCACUGGUCCUUAGACUUAUUAAAUCAGAGUCAAAAGAGUAAUUUUUCUCUACAAAAGAGUAAUUUUGUUUCCUCUAUUUCUUAUUUUUAUAGAGGAAAUGAAAGAGGAUGCAAUGUACUUACCAUAUCCAAAAGUUCCUUAUCUUCCUCCUCCUGUCUUCUCUUUCCUUUCCUUCUUCUUGUCCCGCUUUAUCUCCUUUUUUAAACUUAACUUUUUUUUCUUCCUUCUCCCCAAUUGUAUCUUUGAGAGGUCCCUGAUUUCAUGUGUUGAUGCUUUCUCUCUAGAUGGAGAAGAAUUCACUGUGUGCCUCUCAGUAGAUAAUUCAAAUGAUUUUUUUGAUUUUCCCUGCAUUUACUCCUUGUUGUUUGUGCAUAUGUGUAUUCACAUACAUAGUAUGCUUUGUCUCAUUAAUAUUUUUAUAUCCCAUAUAAGUACAAGAUGAAAUCUUAAGAAAUUAGUCUGUUAUAUGGUCCAUUAUCCCUUUCUAUACUUUGGGGAUGCCUCUGUUUUUGGAAAUAUCCCAUUAUAAAAUGGAACCUAUUUCAAGUGAUAUAGUAAGUUAAAUAAAGUGCCCUUUAAAACACUUAUAGGUGCUAAAUAGAGAGAGCUUUUCAUAAAGGGAACAUUUUGGCCAUUUUCAAUUAUACCUUAACAUUCCCUGCCCUUCUCCCCCAACUUUUCUUACCUUUUAGCCACCUUUUUCUCAUUCUGAGAAUCUUCAAGUAUGUACAGGGCCCAUAAUCAAAUUUGUGAUUUUAUUAAUGAUUUUUUAAAACUAUAUCAAAAUAAGUUUUCUGUUAUUAUUAGAUAUUAUAUAUAUAUGUGUGUGUGUGUGUGUAUGUAUAUACACAUAUACAUAUGUAUAGUAACUAAACAAUUUUCUUAACGCAGUGCAUGUUAGAAUAUAAGACACUUGAAUAGAAUUUGAUCUCAUAAGCAUGGGUCUUCCACGAUUACAGAUUAUAAUCCAUCUGUGCUCUAUCUUGAACAAUUGUUUGUUUCCCUAUGAAUGCUCUAUAAAGGAUGUACCCAACUACUCUUGAACAAUUUCUCUGAACCUUUUAAUGUUUUCUGAGUACUCAUUUAUUGUACUUGAACUGUCCAUUAAUAAUCUGUCCUCUGGUUAUAAAGUCAGCCUACCUCCUUUUUUUUGUUCAUACAUGCCCUCAGUGAUGGAUGGCUUUUAUGUCACUUUUAAGACAUAAGUCAUCAUUAGUAACAUGUUAUGGCUUGCUUAUAAGAUUAUUUGAGAAUUAGAAUUUGAAAGUGACCUUAGAAAUUAAGUAGUCCAAUCCUAAGAUUUACAGAUUUAAUUGAGGGCCAAAGAAGAAAAUUAACUUGUGCUUAUUAUUGACUCAUACUUCAUAAGAGACAGAGCCAAGAGUCAUUAAACCUACACCUCCAACUUCAUAUUUUCCAUGUGUAUUACCAUGAUUUAUUUAAAAUUACAAUACUGACUUGGCUAAAGACCAUCUACUCAACACAGGGUAACACGGACCACUAUAUUUUCUUAUCUAAACUGUAAAUUAUAUUUUUAAAAGUCAUAUUACAUUUUAAGGUUUUCCUUUCUCUCAUUUUUCUUCAUGCUAUAUCAUUAAGGGCUUGGGGUGGGAAGGGGUCUCAGACGGUUUAUUUUUUGCUUUUUUUUGUAAACUGAUGUCAGCUUUUGUGUUUGGAAAUAAAAUAUACCUAUAUUUUGAUCUAUGAAA